UCCCUGAACGCCUCUCCGUCAGUUGUAGUCCCGGUCUGCGUCAUCAACGGCUCCGGGGAGUCCGUUUGUCGGUUUAACGGUUCGUGUCGGUUCAGUACCGGGAGGAAGACCCGCACAGAGGUCCGAUCAGUGUUUACCUGUUGUCCUGGUUCCCCUGCAGACCCUCCCUCCUCAGAACAACGACUCUCUGACCGUCUGUGACUCAACCAACCAACAAACACUUCAUCCACUGCUGCACUAUGAGUGUAUGAUGUCUGAGAGCAGCUGCUAUGGCCUGCAGCAGCGGUCAGACCAAUGCAGAGACUCUGGAGGGGUUCCAUGAGGUGAACUUGGCCUCGCCCACGACCCCAGACCUCCAGAACCAAGCAGAGCAGCGACCCCCCGUCCGUCACAGUACCCCUCCCACCUCUCUGUAUCGCACACACUCUCUCGGAGCGCCCCCUUCUGGUCUCCCCACUUCACUACGGGCGGACCAGCUCCCCACACAGCCGGUGUACUCAACGCCUCGGCACAGCCACAAUGGAAGCGUCCCGGGUCAGGAGGCGGAGUCAGUGGACGGGAGCUUCCUGCCCGUAGACGACGGGGAGGAAUGCAGCGCGCUGAGCGACAGCCUGUCGCGGCUACGCAGCCCGUCAGUGAUGGAGGUCAGAGAGAAAGGAUACGAGAGGCUGAAGGAGGAGCUCGCCAAGGCGCAGAGGGAUCUGCUGUUGAAGGAUGAGGAGUGUGAGAGGUUGUCUAAAGUCAGAGAUCAGCUCGGCCAGGAGCUGGAGGAGCUCACAGCCAGCCUCUUCCAGGAAGCCCACAAGAUGGUCAGAGAAGCGAACGUGAAACAGGCGAAUGCUGAGAAGCAGCUGAAAGAAGCCCUUGGCAAGAUCGACGUCCUCCAGGCCGAGGUCCAGGCUUUGAAAACGCUCGUGCUCUCCUCCCCCACGUCCCCCAUAGGUGAACUCCCCUCAGGAGGAGGAGUGAAGACCCCCUUCAGGAAGGGUCACAGCAGGAACAAGAGCACCUCCUCGGCUAUCCUGGGGACGCAGCCCGACCCGUCGGCCACGCAGCCCAUCGUACGAGAGUGCAGAGAGGUGGACAGUCAGCUGUUCACUGAGUUCAAGGCGUGGAAGGAGGAGCCAACGCUGGAGCGAGACUGCAGCUUCCUGCAGAGAAUCUACCGUGAGGACAUUUACCCCUGCCUCACCUUCAGCAAGAGCGAGCUCGGGUCGGCCAUCUUGGAAGCGGUGGAGCAGAACACGCUGAGUGUGGAGCCGGUCGGUUUCCAGCCGCUGCCCGUGGUCAAAGCUUCGGCGGUGGAGUGUGGAGGACCAAAUGGGCGAAGGGCUGAGCUCAUCACAAAAUGUGCCCUGAGUGGUCAGACCAAAACCUGUAAGCACAGAAUCAAGUUUGGAGAUUCGUCCAACUAUUACUACGUGUCUCCUUACUGCAGAUACAGAAUCACAGCAGUGUGUAACUUCUUCACCUACAUACGCUACAUCCACCAAGGGCUGGUCAAACAGCAGGAUGCUGAGCAGAUGUUCUGGGAGGUCAUGACGCUCCGCAGAGAAAUGUCCGUCGCCAAGCUCGGCUUCUACAAAGACCAGCUGUGACCGACUGACGGACAGCCCCUCCCUCUGAACGCAGCAGGCUCUGUCCUAAAGCUCCACCCUCCUCUUCCUCCUGGUUCUGCUCCCCCUCCUCCUCCUCUCCCCUCCCUCCAUCCCUCCUCCUCGUCCUCCUCCUGGUUCUGCUCCCUCUCCCCUCCCUCCCUCCUCCUCCUCCUCCUCUGUGUGAGUGUGUUUUUGUGAGUGUGAGAGAACCUGUGGUUGUUUUCAAUCAUCAUAAAGGACUGAAGAGCAGUGACGUCUGUGUCGUUACUGAUCAGGAGAUCUGGACGGUUUGAGAGUUUGAAUCCAAAGUAUGAGAUUUACUUUCCUGAAGACUUAAAACACUCCGAUGAAUGAAGGCAGGCGGGGCGAUAAAUGAAGGAGAUUUUAAAAUAUGUUGGCAUUUAAACCGACCUGAGGAGCUUUGACCUUUUUGCUUUUUCUGCACCCAAACUCUGAUUAUUUAACGUUAGGUAGAUCAACUCUCAGACAGACGGUGGAUUUAAGGGCCACUGUUAGGGAACAGAACACUAUGAAGGCUUUACAGGAACAUAUACUGGAAAUCCAUUUCUGUCUCGUGUCGUAAAAAAGACAAAAAGUGACAAAAAAACAACAUUUAUACAAAAAUGUAACAUUUUAAAGUGAAUUUGUAGUUUUACAAGGAAGUUGCAAAUACAAGAAAUUGAAUUUGAUGUGAUUUCUUCUCAAAUUUAUCAAAAGUAUUUAAUGAAGUGGUUUCUCAUAGCGCCUUGACUCAACCUCAGAACACAUCCGUUUUUUCUCAAACAUAAAAUAGGACGGUCUACAGAUCGGGUUUCCCCUCCUGAUAUUUCAUAGUAUUAAUUUUGUUCUUAAAAACUUUAAAUCCUCUCUUUGUCCCAACAGUGGCUCUUUAACUGACUCACAGUGACUCACUUCACAGGGAUCUGUGACCUUGCUGCUAAAACCCUUCAGUAAAAAGUCAUCAUGGUGUACUCGUUAUGGAAGCUGUGCUGUAUCUCUGUUUUUAGUUAUUAGACACGCCCACCAGGCAAAAAUGAAGACCAAACAAUCAAUUACUGUUUACUUCAAAUGUUUAUAAGCUCAUAUUUAAUUUUAGUUUGUAGGAAACGAUGAAGUCAGUCUGGGGAAGUUUAGAUGCAAAGAUAAUCAGAUGAUCAUGAGUAUUUCCCCUGAAGCCCCGUUCAGACAGGAUCUACUCCUCCUAAAAGUACAGUAAUUUAGUGUUUCAUUUAAGGCUGUACAGACAAAUAUCACGUCUUUAAUCAACUUUAAAUAUGAAACCUCUCAGGCAACCUCUGGGUUAUUUUCUCCCAUGAUUGUGCGGUAAAAUUUACGAGUUAAGCUAGUUUCCUCAGAGGCUAACGCCGUCUGAACGGGGCUCACAAACGUCAUCACAGGAUUAAAAAGCUUGUUUGUUUGUGCACUUUCCUUCACAGUUUGUAUUCUGUUUUGUUGUCAGGUGAUUCCAGAUGUUCAUAAGCUUCCAAAAGGAACACUACAUUUACAUUUCUGCUGUCGAACACUUCGUGAUACUCUGGCUUUUUUUAUUUGCAAAGAAAUUAUGGGGAAUUGUCCUUUACCAGCUCCAAAUGUUUUCUCCUGCUUGUUGUAUUUAAUCAAAGAGGAUGUGUAGAUGGUGAGCUGUGUGUGUGAAUGUUAAGUGUGUGUGUGUGUGUGUGUGUGUGUGCGCCUGGUGUUGUGUAGACUUUGUAUAUGUUAAUUUAAACCUGAUUCUGCUCCUCUGAAUCUCUCUCUCUCUCUCUCUCUCUCUCUCUCUCCCAUUCAAAGUCAAUGUCACUCUCCCGGUUUGGUUUAGUGCCUUUUCUCAGACACUCUGAAAUAAAAACAGGAAUACCUCUGA